AUGAAUGAGAGAGACAUGGCGUACAUUGCCCCGAGGACAUGUCCCCUUCACACGAGACAGAUCCAUCGAGUGAGCCAGUAUGAGAAGUACCUGGAAGACCUAUUGAAGGAGACGAGGCCUGAUCAUCCUGAUCAUGAUGACCUAGUCAAGGUCGCUGCCAAGGCGAAACAGGUGUGGAGUGGACCAGGUGGGGAUGGGCGGGAAACGGAGACGGAGACGGACUUAGAUCGCAUCCAAGAUCUCUUUCCCAGCGACACCUUACAUCUCCAUUCCAAGGAGCCAUCCGUCGCCAAGAUGAAAGGUUUAUUGAAGAGACGAGGUGGGGCGGGGCAUCGGCUGCAUCGGGUCCUGUCCUCAUCGAAAGGCGGAGGGGAGUCCCCCGAACCGGGGCCGGGUCCAGGUCCGCCGACACGGGAAUUUCUCAUGGAGACCCCUGUUCAUUUCACUACAGGCGUGCAAAGCCAGGAGAGACAUUUGUUUCUCUUCAACGACCUCCUCCUCGUUGCCAAAUCCCGAUCUGGGGGUCACUUCAAGCUCAAGGAACGUGUCAGGGUCCGGGAGUUGUGGCUAACCUCGAACGCCCUCGAAGAGGUCUCCGAGGUCACCAAGAACCCCGACACGUCCUUCGUUCUCGGCUGGCCCGUCACCAACGUCGUCGCCACCUUCAAUACUGGGGCAACGAAAGAGUUGUGGAUGAAGAAACUGAGUCAGCUGAUGGAUUCCGAGAAAGAACGAGAACCUAGGAGCCUCACCAUCCAGGUCACCUUCUUCGACCACGUGAACAAUAUCGAAUACUGUAAGACGCUGAGCGUGGGGCCGCGGGACACGGCGUUGGAGUGUAUAAAGAUGGCAUUGGACCAUCUGGAGAUGGGUGGUGUGGACCCCGCACAUUUUCAGCUCUGGGCCAUCACGGGUCUCGAGGAUUCCCCUUACCCCCUCAUUGGUCAUGAACACCCAUUCGCCAUCAAGAUGCACGUCUUGAGAGAGACACUGUUGAGCCUGGAGCCUGAGACUGAUUUCUUCCCUCACCCCCAUCCCGACCUAAAUCCCAUCGCCAGAUGCCAGUUCGUCUUAAGAAGAACUCGAAAGGAUUCAGUAGGAUCAGAGGGAAAGAAGGUGAAGGGAGGAAUGAUGAAGGGAACUUCCAUUGCAAAGAGCCCCAUUCGCCUCCACAAGAUGUUUCGAAGAUCCUUGACAAAAUUGGACACCGUUGUGGAUGGAGAAGGUGGUGGAGGGGGGAUGAGUCCAUGCUCAGGUGGCCUCCUCUUUGGUCAACCUCUGGGGAAACUCUGUGAAACAGAGUCUGUGCCUCGUCCAGUGAUGGACAUGCUCUCCCAGCUCUUCCUGAAGGGACCUUUCACCCAUGGCAUCUUCCGGAAGUCUGCAAAUGCCCGCCAGGUUCGAGAACUCCACGACCGGCUGGAUUCUGAGCCAGAUGUAGAACUGGAUGAUGUCCCAAUCUUCACAGUGGCUGCACUCUUCAAGGAUUUUCUUCGAUCCCUCCCUGAUUGCCUCCUUGGGUCUCAUCUCUACAGUGACUGGCUCAGGGUAGCUCAUUGCCCCUCUGAUCGUGAUAAGAUUCUUCACAUGCAGGCGUUGUUUUCAAAGCUGCCUAAGGAGAACAUCACUCUGCUACAGCACUUCCUCUGUGUCCUAUACCAUAUUUCCCAACGGUCUGGAGAGAAUCAGAUGUCUUCAGGGAACCUGGCAGUAUGUGUGGGUCCAAGCAUCCUCAGCCCUCCAGCUUCUUCACCCAACCCAAUGCUUGCCCUCAAUGCUCAAACUUCUAAACUGAUCCCAUCCCUUGUUGAACUCAUGAUUGACCGCUGCCCUGAGAUCUUUGGUUCAGAGACUCUGAAACUCUUUGGGGAUCCCCCACCCAAAGACCCCUCACGAAGUCCUGAUUCUGGUGCUGAAGAGUCUGACUCACUUCACUCACUACAGAGUGGCCAUUCUGGAGGUCGAGAUGGUCUACGACGUGAUGACUCCUCGAUUGAUAGCCUUGAGCGAGAAUUCUUAGGUGAAGAGGGAAGUCCAUUGCCCCGCAAGGACAAAAUGAGUCUGACAAAUCUGAGUCGGGAUUCUGGCCUCACGAUGUCUGACACCCAGCUUUACACUCCUGACGAGGAGGAAAGUGAGAGCACAAGUUCAGGUGAAAAAAGCAAUUACUCAAGCAGUGGACAUGGGUCAGAAAAAGAGAAGGAUCCACCUUAUGCACAUCAUCACAAGCUCACAGUCAGUUAUUCCUCUCCCAUGUAUAACGGGGAGAAGGAGUCUGGGAAGACAUCAGUGAUGAACCCUCAUUUCCAGAGACAGGACUGGACCCGCAAGAGAUCAGCCUUAAGGAAGCUCCAGUCUGCUCGACCCUUGAAUGGAGUUGAUGUGAGGCAUUCCCCUUUGAGACGUAGUGCAUCUGAAGAGUCUCUGAUGAACGUGAGUAGUGGAAGGGCAGUGAGCCCAAAGCGGCCUGCCCUUCAUGGCAAAGGACCUGCUCCCCCCCCACCCUUGAUUUCCACUCAGCAUCGCAUCGUGAUUGAGAACUCAAGUCCAUCACCACCUAUGCAUCGCUCCCGGUCAGUUCAUCAUGUUCAUGAAGAACACGAUGAAGAAGGUGCUGGAACAUGCAGUCAGGGUGUUCCUCAUGGUGAUGAGGUGGACUCCAGUACCCUGUCAGAUGAUGAUGAUUCCACACCUCAUGUCUCCCGGUCCAACUCCCGUGGAAAGGAUUGUGGAAUUGUGGUGCAGCCCCUGGGAUCAGGCAUCAGGCCAUCUUGUGAGAUUAACAUCAACCGCACUGCUAGUUCCUCCACUGUCAAAUCUACUGACAGCAGCAGCACAUUGACAAAUGGCAGCAUCUGCAGUGGGGGGGGUGUGGUAGGAACAUGCAGUCGACCUCCUAGUUACGAAGAGGCUCUGAAUCGACGAAGCACUCUCCUGCAUGGAGAUCAAUCUUCUCUUCAACAGAGUAAAUUAAGUGCCAAGGCCAAGAGCCUCUAUGAGGAAUCUCUCCGUUUGUAUGCUGAAAGUACAGGGGAUUUUGUAUAUGCAUCAGCAAGUAGGGUUGAAACUCAUGAUGAUGCAUCACCACCCCCACCCCUUCCACCGAAACAGAAGCUCCGACGAGGAUCUGGAAUCAAACAGCACGUUCCAGUCCAUGUUCAGCACCCCCAACAGCAACAACUGCAGCAUCAACAGCAAGACAAUUCAUCAUCUCCUUGUCGUCGCCCUCGUCCUUACUCCAUGAAUGAGGAGAUGGUGGAAGCAGCUGAACCAAUCUAUGCUCCUGUGCCUCAUGCCCGGCGGAAAGCUGUGAAUCGUGCCAUUGCUACACCGCCUGUGGAACGACAGAGUGUGGAAACUCAAACAGACCCAGAAUUGGAUUCGGGAACAACAUGGUCUCAAACACCAACAGGAAAAUUUGUGUCCAGUGUCAGAAUUGAAUCCACAUCUCCCACAUCAGUGUCAUGUCCACGACCUGGACGCCGUGCCACUCCCCCUGCACGCAAUUCUUCAUCCAGGUCCAAGUCACUUCCACCCCAAGAGAGACUUGUGAGUGAGGAAUCAGAAUCAGACAUGGACGUCCAUGAUGAAUUACCCGAUCCAACGCUACGCAAAGAGAUCAGCUGGAGUGUCAGCCAGUUGCGUGCACUAUUCGGGGAUCGGCAAGCAUCGAAUCUUCAACUCUCUCCACCAUAUUUUCGGAACUGCGAUGGAAAGAAGGAAUAUCCUCCUCCUUAUCGACACCCUCCUGUGCAUCGAGCUACUCCUCAUCCACCCAAAUACCACUUUGGACAAAAUAACCACCAUUCCCAAGAUACAUCAAAUGGCUAUGGAGAGGAAUCUUAUGUCUGAUGGCGAGCCAUUGAUUGGUUAUAUCGUCCCAUCAAGUACAAAUCACUUCAAGACAGUUCCUUUUCCCACAAAAACAGGCUCAAGAGUCCUGCAAUCAAAACAUGUGCUCAACUCAGCAGGCCUUUCUCCUCCUCCUGUCCAUCCACUC